UAACAAUGUCGCUCUACGAAGCAGCUGAUGGUAUUUUGGAGACUCAUGUUACGUGGAAAGAUGUUGAAGAAGCUAUGCAAAUCUCAUUAGGAACAAAGGCAAAGUUUGGAGAAAACAAGAAAUCGACGAAUAUCAGUGAUUUAAAAGGUUUCAUGUCAAAAAUAGCUAUGAUUGAACCUCAUUGGGUUGGAGUUGAAAAUGACAAGGUUCUUCCAAAUAAGUUUACUGUAAAAAUAUCUUCUCAAUUAGCAUUUGCAGUUCUUUCAAAAACUAUGAAGUUUGGUGGAGUUGAUGGAUUUGAUGAGGAAAAACUGAAAACUUUCGGAAAUGUUACAAGAGAAUGCCAUAAUCGUGAAGUUGCUGCAUACAAAAUGUUGAUAAAGUUUAAUAAUUCGGAUAUUCCAUUCACGAAGGUUUAUCAUUUGAAACCAUUUGACGAUGCAAAUGAUUUGAAGGGAUUUAUGAUUAUGGAAUUUAUUCCAAAUGUUCAUUCAAUUCCAAUGUAUGAAGCAAUUCCAGCCGAUGACCUCAUUUCACUUGUUCGUGGAAUUGCCACUUUUGCAGCACUUGGGGAAACGUCAGAAGGAGAUAAAACUUCUGCCGGAGGACCGGAGUUCAUAGAUAUGAUGUUCGAAGAAGUAUUGAGCAUGGAUCAGAUUGAAGGUCAUUUUGAUUCUUUGCGAAUUUUGUAUGGAUCAGAACAUUUGAAUACUGUUGAAACAUCGAUUACCAUUCUUCGCCAAUAUAGAAUGAUAACGAAAAAGUAUACAAAAAUAUCAGAGUUACUGGGAUUCAAAUUAGUAUUGAACCAUGGGGAUCUAUGGCAAUCGAACAUGUUACAUUGCUUGGAUGAGUUUGGAAAUUUGAAAUUGAAAGCAAUAAUUGAUUGGCAAGGAGUAUCAACAUUACCUCCUGGAUUAGAUCUUUCAAGACUUUUGAUGGGAUGUCUCAGUGCACAUGAAAGACGAGAGAGAGGUCUGGAAAUGUUGAAAUUAUACCAUGAAACAUUCAAUCAAGUUCUUGGAAAAGAACUGUUUUCAUUCCAAGAAUUACAAGACUCAUAUAAUCUUUACUAUCCAAUGAUGGCUAUGCUACUUCUUCCGAUUGUUUCAUCUUUCCUGGACAAUUCACCAAUUUCGGAGGUCGAAAAAUCUCAAGCUAGAAUAAAAAAUCAAAAAAACAUGAUUGCAAUGAUGGAAGAUCUAAUUGAAGUUCAUGAUUAUAAUAUGAAAAACCAUCCAGAUUUUUUGAAAUUGUGAAUUAAAUUUGCUGAUCUUUAUAUUUGCUUUCAAUUGUACUUUUCCAUUAAAGUAAACUGUAAGAU